AUGGCUGGAGUAUACAGUUUAAGGGACGUUGCAGAACACAAUACGGCAGAGGAACCAUGGUUGAUCAUUGAUGAUAAAGUUUACAACGUCAAAAAACUUCUUCCUGAUCACCCUGGUGGCGAAUUCAUUCUUCUGUCAAAUGCAGGCAAAAACGCAACGACUGCCUUUGAAAGAAAGGGCCACUCCGAGAAUGCCAAAAGAUGGAUGAAGGACUUUCAAAUUGGA